AGCAGCAGGCCCCGCCCCCCUCUGCUGCAGCCGUCCCCCCCUGCGCUGUGCCCGACAGUCAACCGGAAGCGGGGCGCUACCAUUUUGAAACACAGCACCGCCUAGCGCCAUGGACAAGAGCCACACAGUGAAGCUCUUCGUGGGCAACCUGGCGUUGGACACCACCCAGGAGGAGCUGUCGGCCAUCUUCGAGCCCUACGGCCAGGUGGUCAGCUGCAGCGUGCUGCGGCAGUUCGCCUUCGUGCACCUGCAGGGCGAGGGCGCCGCCGAGCGCGCCAUCCGCGAGCUCAACGGGCGGGAGUUCCGCGGCCGCAACCUGGUGGUGGAGGAGUCGCGCGGCCGGCCGCUGCACUCCACCAAGGUGUUCGUGGGCAACCUGAGCGGCAUGUGCACCACGGAGGAUCUGCAGCAGCUGUUCCAGACGUUUGGAAAAGUCCUGGAGUGCGACAAAGUCAAAGCCAGGCAUUCCUCUUCCACAGGCUACGCCUUUGUUCACAUGGAAAACAAGGAGGACGCGCUCCAGGCCAUCGAGGCCCUGCACGGCACCUCGUUCAAGGGACGGCCGCUGUCCGUGGAGCUGUCCAAGGUCCAGCCCAGCAAGCAGGUGCCGACGGGGAAAAUCCCCUGCGUCAACUGUGGGAAGCAGGGCCACUACGCCGGGGAGUGCCCCGUGGGGAAGCCCUCUUUGGAGCAGUACCAGAGUCAGGCGGCGGUGCUGGCCGCCGCUGCCGCCGCGGCCGCCGGGCUGCCGCUGCAGGUCCAGCAAAGUGUUCACAACUCGGUCUACAACACCUCCACUUUCGACCCCACGUACGCCGCCCUCACCGGGAUCACCACGGGCACGCGCACCGACGGGAACCCGGUGAACCCGGCUGUUUACGGCGCCCUCGCCAGCCAGGUGUACGGUGCCAAUGUUGCCAAUCAGCUUUAUGGUUCGGUGGCCAAUCAGGCAGCUCUCACGUCGGGCGCCACCCAAAUGUACAGCCAGAUGGCCCCCAACAUCUACGGCCAAAAUCCCGCCGCCGCCCACGCUGCUGCCGCAGCCCACGCUGCCUACUCGACUCAAGUUUACACCCCGACGAUGGCCAACCCCCAAGUCUACCUGACCGCUGCCCACGGGUUAGAUAUGCAAACGGCGGCAGCCGCGGUGAACUCCGGCUACACCGUCUCUCCGGCGAUUUACGGCGCCGCCACACCAGCCUACGCUCACAUAAGCGCCAUGGGAGCAGCGGAUCACACGACGGCCCUCUUCGAGGCGGCCAGGCAGGCGCACUACUUUGCCCAGGGCCAGCAGGUCAUGGCCGAGCAGCAGAACGCGGCGGCGGUGGCUGCGGCGAAGGGAGAGAGGGACCGCAGCCCCCUGCGGAGGUCCGCGCCCCUGCUGCCGGACCCCGUGAUGAAGCCGUUCAUGUACCAGAGGGCUAAGCCGCGCCGACCCCUGCUUCCCACCCCGGCCGGCCGAGCAGCGGAAGAGGCCGCGGAGGCCGCGGAGGACCCCAUGGCCAGGUACUACGCGGAGUACUACCAGCAGCUGCAGCAGUACCCCCAGUUCCAGUACGCCUACCCGGCGGCGAGCGCGAUGACGGCCAUCCCCGGCAUGCCGGGCGUGUCGGCCAUGUCCGCGGUCCCCGCCGUGCCCGCGAUGUCUGCGCAGCCAGUCGCCACGCUGGACGCCCUCCGGCCGGGGAUGCCCACCGCUGCGGCAGUGGCAGCCGCCAUGGCCGCGCCCAGGGUGUAUGAGCCGCCGUUGCCGCCGCCCACGCGCAAGGAGGCCAUCCUCCGCCGCCCCGAACUCUCCCUUCACACGCCUGAGCCCCCCUUCCGAUAGUCACACACACACACACACACACAACUCUCUGCCGCCCCACCGCCACCCCCCAUCCUUCCCUCUUUGCCCUCCCCCCCCCCACAUUUCUUCUUCCACCCCAAACCUGACCACCUUACAGCAGCUGUAUGUGUGUGUGUGUGUGUGUGUGUGUGAGUGUGUGUGUCGGGCUGUGGGAUAUGAAGCUUGGGGCUCCUGGGUUUUAUUAACCUGCUUCGCGGGGGGGGGAACGUGACCAGCUGACCUUGGUCUUGUUUGCAUGCACACAGUGCAGCCACGAAAAGGGAGGCUCUCAUCUGUCGUACGGGCAUUCUUUACGUCUCAGUUUUUACUUCUUCUUUUUUUCUUUUAAUCGUGCCAGUCUGACACUUGUGCCAGUAUUGGACUGACCCCUCCCCCCCGGUCAGUCGUCUCAUAUAUGCCUUUAUUUUCCGCAAAACCCCCAGUUAUGAUUUUCUAAGGCCCCGAAUCGACUUUGAAUCAGCCACCCUCCUCCUUGGGGCCUUGAUGGAUCAGCCCGGGCAGCUAAUUUGUAAAAUGACCCUUUUUUUGCCUUACGUUUAAAGAGUUGAGAUUUGUAAUUUGUAAUAUCGGAUGGGAGGUCAGAUGGACGCAUAUUGUGUGCUGGCUGCAUUGCAACGUAUCCAACAGAAUCAAGGUUGAUGUGUUUUGCGCGGGGGGGGGGGGGGGGUGAAUGCGUAUGAAUGAGUCAAAGCGAGAGAGAGAGAGGGAUGUGCGGGCUCCUGACCUUGCAGCACACUAACGCAGCAGCUAAAAGGCUGCGCCUUGCAGGAAAAAAACGUAAAGCACACACAUUACGUACUGUAACGAUCUCUCCUCGACCCCCUCCCCCCUUUAUUUGUCUCCCGAACCCCCCUCCUCACCUCUACCUUCUUCUCGGCGCCGAAUGACACUGCCUCACCUCUCUUUCUCUCUGUCUCUCUCUUAGCGACAGCUUGUCUACCUCUUCGACAGGAAACUUCAGCGUAGUAGAGUCUCGUUCUCUCUCGUUUUUUUUUUUAAGUUGUUUUUUUUACCCGUGUCCUUUGAACGCGCUUCUCUCGCUCCGGUCGGCCGUUUUUAUCUCCCGCCCCCUCGUUGGAAAAGGUCGGCGGGAGGCCGUAGAUGUAGUCCUCCUUCUUCACGUUCAGAGGCCUUUUCCUUUUUCUUUCUUUUUUUAAAGUAGCGUGCGUCUGUUUGAUUUAGUGCAGUUUUUACGUGUUAACACUGGUGUAUUAACUGGGGUGUAAUGAUUGUAAAUGAGGAGGGGGGGGGGGAAACACACACAACCCUCCCAUACGUGACUACUGAAUGAGCUGUUUACAAAAAGGAUCUUUACAUCGCAUCCCGUGAGGAAUCGUGACGGAAUGUGACGAGCUUGAUUAUGUGCCUUCACGCGUUUGAGCGAAGUGCAUUAAGUGGAGGGAAUCUCCCAUUUUUUAAGUGCUGUCUUUGACGUGACUUCUUCUUCUUUUUUCUAUCAUUUCAAAGGGAGGAGCGUAGUGUCCGGGAGGCUUAAAGCCUUUUCUCGUGGACUCUUGUGUACUUAGGGUUUUGAAAAAGCCACAAAGCGUGAGCCUCUCACGGGCUCCGGCUGUAACGCAGAAACAAUAGCACCAAGGAAGUGAGAGAUGGGGCAGUGUCUUCCAGUCCCUCGCCCACCCACCGCCACAACUUUCCUUCGAUUUUUUUUCUCUCUCUCCACAUACCAGACCUGCCUCGGAUUGUAAUUGCCCAAAAGAAAGGGGACGUUCUCGCGCGGUUGUCGUGUUUGAUUGGUGGACUCUUCCGGGCAAAUCUCCGCCCGUCGGUUUAUCCAAUCACUUUUUUUUUUGCAACUACUAUUCGACAGCGGUCUGACGUGCACACAGUCAUCACCUUAUUGCCUCGCCCCUCCUCCUCCUCCUCCUCCUCCCCCCCUCUCCCCCCUGUGGUUUUUAGUGGCCCAGUGACUUUUUGCAUCUCACAGUGUAAUCUUUCUGUGUCGUGUAUAUAUAUAUAUAUACAAAAACACAUACCAGUUGCAUCCUUUGUAGAAUCAUGUGGUUUUUUGCGAAAAAUGUCUUGUUUGCCAUGUUUUGAAACCAUCAUUUUUUUUUUAGAGAAAGUAUUUUAAUUUUGCCUCCUUUAUUUUUCUUUUUUUUAGGAAAAGACAAAAGUUAAAAAAACAACAACGACAACAAACAAAACAAUCGGCAUGCUUUUUAUUGAGAAAUAUGUAUACUAUAAACCUUAUUAUAAUAAAGAAUGUUUGGCUGACUAUUGUGACAAAAGAAAGCAAAAAGGGUUUGGACGUUUCCCCUUCUUCUUGUUUACGUUGUUCUUCUCCACCUAACUGUUUCUCUUGUGUAAAAAAAAAAAAAAAAGAAAGACCGCCAGACCCAUUUGACGGGGGACCCAAGGGGGGGAGACAGGUGUACACGCUGGCCCAGCUUUGCUCUCUUUCGGUCAGGGUAAGUGCGGGUGGGUGCUCCUCUCUCUCGCCAGCCUCUCGAGCUCGUGUGCAAACCGACAUUCUGUACGAAUUUGCUCAGAGCAAAAAAAAAGAGAAAAGCAUUUCGGUAUUGAAAAGGCCAUUUUUUCCACGCGCGCGCACACUGCGAAAUCCCGCCGAGAGCUGGGGAGAGGCACACAGAUAGAAUGGCCUGGGUUGCAUUUUGAUCUGUGGAGCAGUGCUGUUUUCCUGGGGUUGAUGGGUGUGCGUCUGGUCCGGUCCGGUCCCUCCCCCCUCCCCCUCCCCCCCUCCGCCCCCUCUUGUGUGUCUUUGUGUCCACUCUCCUCUCAGACCUGCAUGUGUGAUAAUCUGUAACUCUUGCCGCAAAAAAAAGAAAAAAAGCAAAGCCCCACGACAAGUCCAGCUCUGAACUAACUAUCUCAACUGAAUUAGGUCACCGCGCCACCUGGAACGGGGCAGCUUGCAGCCGUGCGUGAGCGUGGCGGCGUGAGCCAUGGGGACGACUUUUAGCGCGACGCCAACGCAGCGUGGAACUUGUUCUCUCUCUCUUCACCACCAAGGUAAAUGAUUAAACAAAAAAAACAAAACAAAAGCACUACUGACCUCCUCCUCCCACCUGCCGCCCCCCUUCUCUGACUGUGCCUUGACCAAACACUCCUCCUCCUCCUCCUCUCCUCCGCCAUCACCUCCUCACCCCCUCCGUAACUCCUCCUCCUGCUGCAAUGGCAGUGCCGCGCCACGACAGCCUUGGGCUUCUCCUCGAUGUGGGGUGGCGGGUGGGGUUGGGCCAGGACCCCCUCCACUCUGCCCUCUCUGUCCUGUGAGAGAGUGAGUAAGAGUGACGACUGUGUGUGUGUGUGUGAAACAGAAAGGGAGCAUGGCUGUCUGAAGAACACUCUUCGGGUGGUGUUUCGUUGAUUUGUUGAGGCUUGGCACACGCGGACACCCCCCACCCUCCCCUUUGCCCGCAAGUCAACUCCUGUCCGUCGCCGUAUUCGCCGCCCUCACACCCCCCCCACCCACCCCCAACCCUUCCUCCCAUCCCUGUUCCUUCCUUCCUCCUCCUCCUCAACCCCCACCCCACUGAGCCUAUGCACCUACCUCCGCCGUUCACGAACACACACACACGCGCUUUUUUUUCUCCGCCGCCACCGCCGUCGCCACCUUGGAUCUGGGUUCGUGGCUCUGGCUCGGACUCAACUCUCCCAGAACCACCCAACCUCCCCCGUCCUCCUUUGUUGCCAUAGAGGCGCUGGGCGUGCCCAUGGACAGUGUAUGUAUGGCGCACCCGCUGCCGCCGCCGGACUCGCCAAAAAACAUGACGUCAGUGUUGGACAAGUCGCUUUGCUUAUAAACUGUUUGAAUGCUGGGUUUGCUCCACGUUGUGGCUGUGGAAGGGAUCUUAACAACCUCUUUCCCCCAAAAUAACUUCCGAUAUGUCAAGAAUGUCCAAUCCUCUGGUGGGCCACACCAGAAACGUCCUAUAAGAUCGGCCCACGGCCCGAGGCCAGUCUGACCUGUAGAUUCCCAUCGAUCUCAGGGUUCCUAUAGGACUGUUCUGGGAUGGCGGCUCUAUAUUUCUGUAAUACUUUCACUCAGUUGUGAGAUGGAGUCCAGACAUCGAGGGGUUUGUCUCCCGUCCGCCUAACAGACCAACGAAGGGAAGGGUAGUAGAAGGAGGGGGGAUGAAUUGAAGGAGUUGAACACAAGGUGAGUCGAUGGCGGAAGCUGCUCCCUGAUCCCGACUUCUUCCUGAUCUUGGAGGACCCUGUGGUUGGUCGACAGCCCCCUGUUUAUACUCGUCAGUAGUGUGUCCCCGAUGCUAAGGCCGCCUUGUCUCUUAGGUCACGGUUUAUUUGGAUAACCUUAGGGCGCGAAUACGACUGCCUUAGUUUAAUCUGAACCAACAUAAAGUGUGAAAGGCGCCGGACCAAAAUUUAGUCUGGCCAAAAGGGGAUUUGGGUCCAGAUCCAUGAACCAUGGUUGUCUUAGUUUGAGAGUUGGGACCAAUUGCAGGAAGUCGAGAUAGUAGUAAUACCAUAAAAUCACUGUGGCAACGAACUUAAUCAGCUAUUUAAUUUUGUCCAUUCAAACGGAAAGACUGUACUACCCCGCAAACCAAUCAGGUUCGAGUGUAGAUGGAGGCCGCCCACGUAGGUGAUGACGACAAGGUGUACGAAUGUCAUACGCAACUCUUCAGUCCGCUCCCUAAAACGCCCGUCGUCUUUGUUUUAUGAAAUGUAGAAUUCCACAUGCUGUCGGGGGGGGGGGGGGGGGG